AUGAACAAAGAAAAAGUCUUGUUGGAAAAUUUAAUAACAUCAAAAAAAAAUAUACAACGAAAAAUAAUGGAAAUGAAACGUGGUGUUAUAGAUUCUGAAAACUAUUUCCGUGAAGCAUUUAAGCCGAUAAUUGAACCAUUGAGUACACAUGUGAAACAAAAUGUAAUAUGUAACACACGGUCAACUGAACUAGAAAAUAAAUCAGAAACCUCGUGCAUUAGUGAAGAAGAUAAUGAUGAUGAAUUAAAUUCAUCAUAUGAAAAUUUUUUAAAUAACCGUCCUAAAUCAACACGUUAUGAUAAAUCUCAUGGUAUGCAUUAUGAUAAAGAUAGUGAUUCAUAUAAAAUAGGAAAAUAUUCUGUAACUUUUAGUCACGGCAAAUUACUGUUGCUUAAUAAAUACUAUCAAUUUACACCAGGACUAUGGUCUUUAUUAUGUGAGAAGGAACCAAAAAAUACAACUAUAGCAGAUAUAGAAUCUUAUUACAAUAUUUUGAAAACUAGUGGAGUCCAUUUAAAACCAGAUGGAAAACCUAGAACCUCGAGAUACCAUAAAUGGGUGACUGUUGUAAAACCGCUGUAUGAUCGAAUGAAAAUGGAGGAAAAACAGUUUAACGAAGAAAUAAGUAAAAUUAAUGAGAAUACAACUCCUCGAAUUAAUUUAAAAUCAUUUGACAAUCAUUUAUCUAGUUCAAGCGCUAAACGCAGAAAAAUAACACAAGAAUUUGAACCAUUUGAUUUUAAUCCAGAAGCAAACAGUUCCAUGUCUACAAAUCCAUUAGUUGAAAAGAUGUUUAAUUUUACUUCAUCACCAAAGACUAUGAAAGGUUCUGGUUUAUAUAAAGAUGUCUUACCUCAAACCCAAUUAGUUUAUUAUGACGAUCCGAAUGAGCUAGUAACUAGAUUAAAUCUUUUGACAUCAUCACAAAGUGUUGGUAAUACUGGUGUGAAUAAUGAAAUAAUAUCUAUUUUAGAAGAACUACGUGAGAGAAAUAUUAUAGUAUAA